AACAGCUUCCAGACAAAUUUUGUAGCCAAGGGUGAAUUUAUUAUUGGAGGGAUCUUUCCUCUUCAUUACAACCAAGAAAUGCCUGACAUUAACUCCACUUACAGGCCACCACCAGUGAAGUGCAAUGGAUUCGAUCCCAGAGCAUUUCGUUGGGCUCAGACCAUGAGGCUGGCAGUGGAGGAGAUCAACCAGAGUUCAGAACUAUUACCCAAUUACACCCUGGGUUACAAAAUCUUUGAUUCAUGUGCAUAUCCACUAACGGGCCAGAGGGCUGCUCUGGCUGUGUUGAACGGGCCGAGUGAGGAUGACUCUCCCAUGUGCAGCGGUGCUUCUCCACUCCUCGCUGUGAUUGGGGAAUCAGGCUCUGCUCAGUCCAUUGUGGUGUCAAGAAUCUUGCAGCCCUUCAGAAUCCCAAUGAUCAGUUACUUUUCUUCAUGUGCAUGUUUAACUGACAGAAAAAAAUAUCCAACCUUUUUCAGAGUAAUCCCUAAUGAUGAUUACCAGGUGAAGGCCAUCGCCCAGCUGCUGGUGCACUUCAAUUGGACUUGGGUCGGGAUUAUCCGAGGAGAUCAUGAGUACGGCCGUUUUGCAGUGCAAGGUCUACUGAGGGAAUUACAGCGCACCAGUGUAUGUGUGGCUUACCGGGAAAUGAUCCCUCUACUUUAUAAUCGCCAGAAGGCCCUGGAGAUAAUGCAGGUGAUGCAAAGCUCUUCAGCAAAAGUGGUAGUUGUAUUUUCAGCUGAAGGAGAAAUGACACCUUUCUUGAGAGAUUAUAUGACACAGAACAUCACUGGAAUCCAGUGGGUGGCAAGUGAGGCCUGGGUCACAGCAUCUGUCUUCACAGGAAGCGAGUAUUAUCCCUACUUGGGAGGCACCAUUGGGUUUGGCAUCAGGAAAGGUCACAUAUCUCGACUCAGUGACUUCCUGUCAACAGUCAACCCUCAGAGGUAUCCCAAUAACCUUCUUGUGCAGGAGCUGUGGGAGGCUCUGUAUGGUUGCAAUCCCUCUACAUCUCCUUCCUCCCAGUUGCCACCCUGCACCGGUCAAGAGACACUAUUGAAGCAGCACUCAGCUUACAUGAAUACAUCCAGCCCAAGAGUUGCGUAUAAUGUCUACAAGGCUGUAUAUGCAGUUGCUCAUUCACUGCACAACCUUCUUUUGUGUCAGCCGGGCAGUGGACCCUUUCAAAACAACUCAUGUGCUCAAAGUAACAAUGUAUUCCCCUGGCAGCUCCAACAUUACAUUCAGGAAGUUGAAUUUGACAUUGAUGGAGAGGAGGUUAACUUUGACCUGAAGGGAGACUCUGUACCCUACUAUGACAUUAUUAACUGGCAGAGAGGCACGAGUGGGAACAUUGAAUUUGUCAACGUGGGGUUGUUUGACGGGACCAAACCUGCUGGAGAGGAGCUGGUGAUCCAGGAGGACAGGAUAAUGUGGGCAGGGCAUCAGAGUGAGGUGCCAAUGUCUGUAUGCAGUUCCAGCUGUCCUCCAGGGUCCAGGAAAGCUGUCCGUCGUGGGGAGCCUGUCUGCUGCUUUGACUGUGUACCAUGUGACAGUGGCAAAAUUAAUAAUCAGACAAAUGCAAUAGAAUGUACAUUUUGUCCCGAAGACUUCUGGUCAAACAAAGACAGAACAGCCUGCAUCCCAAAGAAGGUGGAGUUCUUGGCCUAUGAUUCUUUGGGUAUAGCCCUGACAGUGAUCUCAGUCGUGGGUGCCUGUCUCACCAUCAGUGUUUUUGCAGUCUUCUUCCACCACAGAAACACAGCCAUUGUCCGGGUGAAUAACUCAGAACUGAGCUUCUUCAUUCUGUUUGCAUUGACUCUAUGUUUCCUUUGUUCUCUUGUGUUCAUUGGAGAACCGACCCUUUGGUCCUGCAUGCUCCGCCAUACUGCUUUUAGCAUUACAUUUUCACUUUGCAUCUCCUGCAUCCUGGGAAAGACUCUGGUGGUGCUGGCUGCUUUCACUGCAACCAGACCAGGGGACAACAUCAUGAAGUGGCUUGGGCCCAAGCAGCAAAGAGGCAUUAUCUUCAGCUGUACCCUGGUUCAAGUAGUCAUCUGUGGUGCCUGGCUGAUUGAUGCUGCCCCUUAUCCAUCUCGAAACACUGAAUAUGAACGCUCAAAGAUUAUUCUGGAGUGUAGUGUUGGAUCGAGCUUUGCAUUCUGGUGUGUUUUAGGAUACAUUGGGCUGCAAGCUUGCCUUUGUUUUAUACUAGCAUUUCUGGCUCGUAAGUUACCUGGCAACUUCAACGAGGCCAAAUUCAUCACUUUUAGCAUGUUGAUCUUUAGUGCUGUGUGGCUGGCAUUCAUUCCUGCGUAUAUAAGCUCCCCUGGAAACUAUGCAGAUGCAGUGGAGUCAUUUGCUAUUUUGGCUUCCAGCUUUGGCCUGUUGUUCUGCCUGUUUGCGCCAAAGUGUUACAUUAUUUUAUUGAGACCAGAAAAAAAUACGAAACAGCAUCUAAUGGGAAAUGAAAAGAGGUAA